CAACAGCCAAGAAACGCCCGCCAGUGAGGAGCAUCCGUUUCCCAGCUGCAUUUCAAAGUCUUGCUGUGACUAAGAGUGUCAUCCCUGGGUUGUAUGUACCAGCAUCUACUUCCAAGUAUCUCUCCAGUUUAGAACAUUCCAAGUUUAUCCCUUGUAACCAGACAAGAGCUGAUCAAUUUAACGCGGCCAAUAAACUGUCAAAAGCGGGCCAAGUGGAAGCAAACGCUACUGCUAUCAAAGCACGGCAAAUCUUGCAAGCUACAAAAGGUGUAUUUGAAAAAGUUGGCAUGAAUUUUUGGUUGACUGCUGGAACGCUAUUAGGAUGGUACAGGCAGUGUGGUCUCAUCGCACACACCACUGAUGUAGAUGUGGGGACAUGGAUCACGGAAUUUAAUCCUGACCUAGAAAAACUUCUUAAUCACCCGGGUCACCCAAUCAGAAUCAUGCACCGCUAUGGCAAGCCGAAAGAUGGCUUUGAGUUGGCAGUUCGAGGAUUUGGUAUCAAGUUGGAUAUAUUCUUCCACUAUAAAGAGACCAAGUACACGUGGACCGGUGGUUUGCGUUUUAAGACACUAGAAAAAGUACGAUGGAUUUAUCCUCGAGAUAUACCCCUAUGUUCCGCUGAGUUAUUCAACGAUCUCUACCUUGUGCCAUGUAACACUCUAGCUAUUAUAGAAGCUGAGUAUGGACCUAAUUGGAUGCAACCUGACAAAGAGUGGGCCUGGGACAGAUCUGCACCAAAUAUGGUUGAAGCAGGAAAGUUUGCAGAAUCAGAAAAGAGAGAAGUUGUACAACGAUUUAAAAAUAACGGAAAGAGAACAUUUUAGUCUAGGAUUCAUCCUAGGUUUUAGUUUAAUCACUCAUCACAUUUACACUCCCCUCCCAAAGUAUACCAACCUGAACUUCCUUUUGGACCAGCUUGCGUCAAUUUAUAUUUCCCGAUAUUAAGUUGGAAUUAUACAUUAAGCCGGCC